GUCUAUCGGGCGGCCUACCCGACUCUCUAAGCAGCAUGUCGAAUCUGCAGAAUUUGAAUUUGGCGCACAAUAAUUUCAACGGCUCUAUUCCAUCGUCGUGGGGUCAACUUUCCAACCUUAAACAUUUGGUUGUGAGAGGAAACCACUUAAGCGGAUCUAUACCCGAAUCACUAGUAAACGUAACUGGCCUAAUCGAAUUGGACCUUUCGUCCAAUGAUUUCACCGGGAAAAUUCCUCAACAACUGUUCUCGAUACCGACUUUCAACUUUACGGCGACUCAUCUGACGUGCGACAACAAUUUAAAGCAGCCCUGUAUUUCAAGCUCCUCUGUUCCAGGUUUGCUUAUAGAUUACUAAUA